AUGGUGACGUAUUUCUGGGCCAGAACGUGCUUGCUCCACAGUUCCUGGGACCAAGUAUUGGCUGCCUUCUGGCAGCACCCAAUUCCCUAUAGCAAACAUGUCUUGACGGAAGACACAGUGCACCAAGAGGUGGCCCAUGACCAGAAGCUCCUGUCUCAGUGUCUCCUGACCAAGACCAAUAGGAUGCCCUGCUGGGUGCAGCGACUGUUUCUUGUCAAUGUUGCUCCCUCGGUGUACAUCCUGGAGGAUUCUACUGUGGACCUGCAGAACCAGACAAUGACCACCUUCACCUGGAACACCAACCAUGCCCGGCUGCUGGUGGUGGAAGAACUACGUGUUUACUGUGUGAACUCUGAUAACAGCGGCUGGACCGAAACCUGCUGGGAAGCCUGGGUCUCCUCCAGCUUAUUUUGUGCCUCCAGAGCUGUCCAGGAAUUUGGCCUUGCCGGGUUCAAAAGCAAUAUGACCAAGACUAUGAAAGGCUUUGAAUCCAUCUUGGCCAAGCUGCAAGCCAAGGAAGCCAAAGAGAAGGCAAAGGAGACGGCACUGGCAGCUACAGAGAAGGCCGACGACCUUGCCAGCAAGGCAGAAAGGCAGCAGCAGCAGCAGCAGCAGUUUGUGUCGCUAGCCAAACUAGUAGCUAGUCCUGCCCCGUGCCCCUCAUUCACCAAACUUGUCACUUUCCAUCAAAAAUCGUCCCCCUAG